AUGGUCAAGCUUGUUCUAAUUACUGGUGCCACUGGCACACAAGGCGGUUCUAUUGCCAAGUUACUCCUACAAUAUCCGGAAGAGUAUGAAGUGCGUUGCCUGACUCGAACUCCUACAUCCGAAAAGGCACAGGCUCUCGCAAAAUUGGGCGCCCAUCUGGUCCAAGGGAACUUGACGGUACCUUCCACUCUGGAAGCCGCAAUGGCUGGAGUGUGGGGUGUCUGGGGGGUGACAGACUUCUACGAUACGGAUGUCGCGGAUGAUCCGAUGAGCGAAGAGCAGCAGGGUAACAACCUUGUCCAGGCCGCAGCCAAGGCCGGUGUGCAAUGUUUCUUGUGGAGUUCAUUGCCAAGCUCAGCGGAAAUCUCGAAGGGCAAAUUUGUGACUCGCUUGUAUGAAGGGAAACACUCCGUUGAUGCAAUUAUCCGGGAGCACAACCUGCCUGGUGCUUUUAUCCUUACUGGUAACUUUUAUGAGAACAUGAUCCUUCGAAAAUAUGUUUCCUAUGACAAGGAACAGGACUUGAUUCUGAUGAAGCGUCCUGUAAUUACAGCUGAUGCUGAACUCGUAACACUCUAUGUGGAAAAGGAUCUGGCAGGUGUCUGCAAGGCUGUUUGGGAUUUGUGGGACGCAAGAAAAGAUGAGCUGAACCAUAAACAUCUUCUUGCUGGAGGUGCUCGUGAAACACCUGGCGACAUUGCCAAAGUUCUUGCAAAAUUAUCUGGUAAAGAGGUGAAAUAUAGCACCCUUCCCACUACUGGGUGGAAAGAACGGGAUAUCAUGCUUGACUUAUACAACGCCGUUGGAAUGUACCCUGGACUGCAGAUUCCCACUCCCGAGGUGAUCAAUCUGGGAAUUAAGUUGCACACAGCGGAGGACUACAUUAGGGAUAGGCUGUUACCGCAUCUAGGCUUAGAUGAGGUUUAG